AUGCCAUUUCUUUUUCUUCUUCCUCGCGAUCAACGACCUCAAUAUAUUUUCUUUGCCUUCUGGCAGGUUGGUGUUGCUUCCAAAAAAGUUUUAGUUCAGUGUCCUGGUGCUUUAAAGAUCUUUUGUGAAAACGAAGACAAAAUAAAUGAACUAAAAGCUACAGUGUUUGAGCGUGCUACAGUGUUUGAGCGUGCUACAGCUCAAGGGAUGCUACAGAAGAGUGCUAAGGUAGCACUCUGCGAUAUUGACGCUGCGGCUACAGCAAUGGAAACCAUGACAGCUGUUGAUAACGACUCUCAAAAGAUUAAGGGAGCUAUGUUGUGA